AUGAAGUCCAAACCGGCACACUACGCGGAGCCGCCGUUCAGGCCGUGGCCGCCGUUGGCCCGCCAACCGCAACCCAACUUCUACUUUCGUCCUCCAGAUCCCAUGGAGUUGAGGAAUUUUAAAACUGCAUCCUCGAAGGGCUCUUUAUAUUCAGACUUUUCGGCAAUGAGUGCUUACAGUAAUAAGUCUCGGGAUUACUAUUUCUUGUCACCGAGCUAUCGGUCGGCGGGUGCGCCGACACCCAGCCAUGCGGACUUAUACUUGAGUAGAGAAAGACCUCGACACCUGAGGCAUCCUAACCCGGCGACUCCCUCGGAAUGUCCCUGCAGUCGGUCGCGCUCUCUAGAAGACGUGCGUACCGACGUCGUCACCGAGUGGGAAGAUGACGACGAGAACGGCAAUCGGAUCGUCGCACCCGCUACAAAAUUUAACCGGACAGCGUACAAAACAAACACAGUGUUUCAAAAGCAGGGGUAUCUCACACGUCACUCGAUGGAAAAUCUAGUCGAUAGACCUCCACAAGUGUUACCACCAAAACGUAUCUCCGCCUUUCAGCCACAAAACAGAAACGGCAGUCACCAAGGUGUCCCAAUAACGAGCCCCAGUGGCAUCGGAGUGGGGAACGAUAUAAACGGCUCCAGGCCCACGUUCAAGCCGGUCACAGUACUGGAGGACCUGCAGGCCGUCCGCUGCGCAGAGUUCCACCCCAAUGGCAAACUGUACGCCGUCGGCUCUAAUACGAAAACUCUCAGGAUAUGCUCGUAUCCGAAAAUUGAAGGUGUUAAGGACACGAGUGCUCCCAUAGCCCCGACAGUACUCCUCAAGCGAACCAAGCAUCACAAAGGCAGCAUCUAUUGCCUUGCGUGGAGUCCGGCUGGCGAUCUCCUCGCGACCGGCUCCAACGACAAGACCGUCAAAUUGAUGCGGUUCAACAGUAGCGCCUGCAAUCUGGAAGGACAAGAGGUGGAGCUGGCGAUGCACGAUGGCACGGUGCGUGAUGUUUGCUUCAUCGAGGACACGUCCAACAAAACCAGUUUGCUGGUAAGCGGUGGCGCCGGUGACUGCAAGAUAUAUGUCACAGACUGCGCCACAGGGAAGACCUUCCAGGCACUGAUCGGACACUCCGGCCACGUGUUGUCACUGUACAACUGGGGUGGUGCGAUGUUCGUGUCAGGAAGUCAGGACAAAACUGUACGCUUCUGGGAUCUGCGUACCGGCGGCUGUGUGAACAUCAUAGGACCAUCGCCCAGACAGUCCAACAAAGGGUCCGCGGUGGCGUCCGUGGCUGUAGACCCCAGUGGGAGGCUGCUGGUGUCCGGCCACGACGACGGCUCCUGUGAUCUACACGACGUGCGCGGAUCGAGAGCGCUGCAGCGCUUCACGCCGCACUCCGGUGACAUCAGGAGUGUGCGCUUCUCACCUGGCGCUUACUAUCUCCUCACCGCUGGAUACGAUGGAAGGGUCGUGCUCACAGAUUUACAAGGUGAUCUAACUUGUCCGCUGCCGAGCGUGCCCGUAGCCCGACAUCCGGAUAAAGUAAUAUCUGCAAGAUGGCACCCCGAUGACUUCUCGUUCCUGUCCACGUCGGCCGACAAGACGGCCGUAUUGUGGACCAUACCGCCCAUUUAGUUCGGUAAACUAUCAACACCAUACAUACAUACACAGGGUUACUGAUAAGUCGACCUAUUCCCGUUAAUGGAGUAGAUUUUACAUCAUUUCUAACAGAUUUCACUAUGAGAGACACUAUCGUGGUUGAGUGGAAUGAGUAGUCAUGCUCACUAAAAU